UUUUCAAACCACCACCGGAUUUCACUGCAGUCAGCCUGCAUUGGUGAGCCUGCAAUUUGGCAAAACCUUCCAAUACCUCAAUUGUCCAUCACAAUCUCAAAGGCUCAAGGAAGUAUUAUAGUGGCUUGGGAACUUCUCAGGCCCAGUAAUGAUGGUAUCUAAAUUACCCAUGCUUGUAUUCUUUGUGAUUUAUGUUUGCUGGAUUGAUCUAUUGAAGAAAGAGAAGGAAAAAAAAGAACAUGGUGGAAUCCGAAAUGGAUUGAGAAUUGGAUUUUUAUUUUAUUCAUUGUAUAUUGGUCAAUCCAACCGAGUAGCAUUAAUGCAGACAAAGGAAAAGAAAAUAGUAACCCUUUGCAUAUGUCUUGUGGAAUAAGUAAGAUUUCAGCUUUGGGAUGGUUUUGGUAAUAGCAACAGUUGGCUUUCCAAGACGUCCGUAGUUCAACCUUUCAACAGAGUUAUCGUUGUUACCCUGUCUCUUUCAUUGAUAAGUCACAUCUGGAAAAGGGUGAUAAAAUAAUUAUGCCUCCCUCAGCUCUUGAUCGCCUAGGAAACGUCAACAUUUGAUUUUUUUUCCUCCAGCAUCUUUACACAUAGAAUACCCUAUGUUAUUUGAGCUUAGCAAUCUUUCUGCUGGACGAGUUACUCAUUGUGGAGUCCUAGAAUUUGUUGCUGAUGAAGGACUGAUAUAUUUACCAUACUGGAUGAUGGAAAACAUGCUUCUGCAAGAGGGACAGAUAGUGCAAGUGAAGAAUGCCAGCCUAGCAAAGGGAACAUAUGUGAAGCUGCAGCCACACACCAAGGACUUCUUAGAUAUCUCCAACCCCAAAGCAAUCUUGGAAACUUCUUUGAGGAGCUACUCUUGUUUGACCACUGGUGAUACUAUCAUGGUUGCUUAUAACAAUAAGAAGUAUUACAUUGAUAUAGUCGAAACAAAACCCUCUUCUGCAGUCAGUAUUAUUGAAACGGACUGUGAGGUUGACUUUGCCCCUCCUCUUGAUUAUAAAGAACCUGAAAAGCCGGCACCAACAGCUUCGUUGAAAAAGACACGCCUAGAUGAUCAAGAAGAGCCAGCCAGAAAGAUACCCAAGUUCAGCCCAUUCACUGGUUUUGGCAGACGUUUGGAUGGGAAACCCUCAACCCAACCAGUUGCACCAGCUUCUUCUCCCAAGCCUAAGCAACAUCAACCGGAGGCUCACAAUGGAACCGAGGAUUCUAAGUCAUCUAAGCCUGCCUCACAACAACCUGCUGGAAAGCUUGUGUUUGGUUCAAAUGUCAACCAACCACAAAAAGCAGCACCAAAAGUUGCCCCAGAGAACAACAGUCAAGAGCAGCCUCAAAAGGUGGAAGAGCCAAAGUUUCAAGCAUUCACAGGGAAAAAGUAUUCGCUGAAAGGCUAAUCGUAAUGAAGCUUUUCCACACUUGUCACAACAGAUAGGGGAUGAAAUCUGGCCAGUUUGGAAAUGGAAUAUCCUAAAUUCCUAACCCAGUAGGUCUCCUGCAUUUGCUUCUUUUCAUGACUCGUGUUCGUUCAUAUGAACAAAAAAUUAUUGCUCUGGAGUUGAGAUGGACCAUGACGAUUCAAAUAUUAUGUGCAUACUGUAUAGAAAGACUAGAGAUUAUUUUAUAUUAAGCAUUUAUUGAUUUUGACUAA